AGGCUCUCUCAAAACAACUACAUAAAUCUAACAACAACAUUCAAUAAUAUCAAAGAAUCAGAAGCGAUUUUUGGUAACUUCAUGGCAGAAGAUGUUGUGGUGGUUAAAUGGUCGCCACACAGUUUGACUCAAUGGAAAGUGUCGCCUGGUACUCACGACGAGCUAAUGAAGGAUCUUAAAUCAAAAAAUUCCAUUACGAUUCGCGUGGAAAUUCAGUACACUCAUGUCGGACAUGGAGGUGAAAAAACUCAAAGCUCAUUUGUACAAAAUACCGAAAUUCCUCGUCUACCCAACAAGCAAAGGCAAAGUCUCAUUGAUAUUUUGAACUUUGAGAAUAAAACGACAUUUUUACGGUUGCCAAUGGUUUUCCCAAAAUUCAUGCUGAUUACAAAAGAUGCAAAAUCCAAAGUUUUGGGCAUUAUCAAGGAACCAACUACUAUCGAUACCACCUCAACAAGUGAACGUUCUGAUGAUUAUAUCUCAGCAAGAUCUUCACAGGAGGAGUAUUUUGUUGCGAAAUCGUUUGAACAUGACGAAGACGAAGAGAUAUUACCCAAUCCUUCCCUAUUCAGGAACCUUUUAAUUUCGUUGAAGACUGGUAAAAAUAGAGAAGUGUGGUGGCACAUGCAGGAGGAAUGCGAUAUAACUGACGAUGAUUAUUUUUAUUAUCUUAAAAAUAUACAGCACAAUUCAUGUGAUCAGCUGGUGAUGUAUACUUUUAAUGAAAAAGUAUUCUCGAAAACCAUAAGCUAUAUAACUCAGAGUGGUAUUAUUGGGCUGUACCUUUUGUACUUUAUGAUAAUGGUUGAUUUCAUGCGUGGCUGCCGAGUGACUGUUGAUGCAAUUUGGAUUAAUGAUUGGCCAGAUCCAGAAGGCUUAUGGAGGAAAUGCAGAGAAGUUUAUAUUGCCAGAGACAUGCGUAACUAUGAACUGGAAGAGGAACUAUUUGCCGAGUUGAUAUUUAUAAUGAGAUCCAGGGAAGUGUUAAUUAAAUUGACUAGGGAAACGACUAGUGCAUAUAAUCCACCCGUUUUAACAGGCGAAAGCAAGAAGACAAAAUAAUUAUCUACCUACUUGUGAAUUUAAUAUUUGUUUUGUUGAAUUAGUAUAAUAAUAAUUAUUUG